AUAAUAUUGUUAGAAUAAUAGAAUUUAAUUUAUGUCGAUUGUUGUUAAUUUAAUUAAUAUUUCGUAUUCUCAUUAGUCAUUAGUGGUUUUUAAAUAACAACGAUUAAUGACAUAAUGUUAUUUGAAUGAUAUUUUCACGUCGAUAGAUACUCAAUAGGUCCCUGUUAACGUUUUAAUAAUUCCGAGUCCAGGCGCUAGACAGUCAGUGCCUUACAAUAGUUUCUUUUCGUUGUUAUCGAACAAGCGAACAGCGAACGUUGUGAAUAUGAAUUCCCGGAACAACUCACGUCUCAUUUCUAACAGCUUACCCAACUCCGAAAAUAGCGAAGUUUAUUUUUAUUUUUAGUGAUGAUGGUUUAUUUGUACGGAAUGAUAAUAUAAGUGCUUCGRUCCUCCAAAACCUCUCAAGAAUCAUGAUGCUCCAGUCUGAUGAUAGCAACGAUGGUCAUCUUGAGCAACCGAACCAAUCGAACAAUGUGAAUGAACCUAACCCUUUGAACAUCCCAAAUGUCCAAAACAUUGAAUCUGAUGAUGACGACAAUUUUGAGAAUCAAGGAUUUAUACUUGAAUAUCUUGAAAGACGUUUUCAAGAUACRGUUAUCCCCCCAUUACCUUUUAUUGAAACACCGUAUGACCAAAGUUUAACUGCAGCUCAUCAGUAUUUGGGAGAUGGACUUCAAGAAGCUUCUGGACGCACAAUAUAUGAAGAAGGCGUUGUUCAUUCUUUACCAAUUAUUUUUUUAAAGUUAAAUUUAAUGCCUGGACAAAUUCUGCCAAUUAUAGCUCAAUCUUCAGAUAUUAAACUUAUAUUAAAAUAUGCAAUAACUCGUAAUCGUGCAUUUGGAGUUUGCUACAAACUUAAUAAAAAUAAGCGAACAUUUGGUACAAUCGCUGAAGUUUUUGAACACUCCGUUGUAAUCGAAUAUUCUAUAUCUUUUCAAAUUAAAGCUAUGGGCCAUCAGCGCUUUGAAGUCUUGGAAAUUAAUCAAUUUCCUGAAAGUCAUGAACAAUCGCUUGCUUUGGCUAAAAUCAAAAUCAUACCAGAUAUUACAUUAACAUAUCCAUAUAACAAAUUGUGUUUACAUCCAAAGAAACGUAAUACGAGCCAUGGUCAAAUGUGCCGUAAAAGAGACAUGUGGCAAACUCAGUGGCCAGAUUGGGUUUAUAAACAGUUUGAUGUUAAUGAACUGGCUUCUCGCCUUUCCAAGAAAGUAAAAAUGUUGUAUAAAGAUGUAAAGAUCUCAGAUGACCCGUAUUUGUUGUCAUUCCAAGUGACAAGACUUGGUAUAUUUAAUCAAGAACAAGUAAGCGAGUUGCUUGGUAUCGAAUCAACAAACCUUCGACUUCAAUAUGAAUUACAGUACUGGAAUAAAAUUCAAUCAAUGCAAAAAUUCAUGUGUGCUCGAUCAGGGUGUAACAUCUCAUUAUGCAACAUGACUAAUGUAUUUCCGAUGUCUCCUGAAGGACCCCAGGGUACUUUUUGUAACUCUUGGGGGCAAAUCCAUAACUUAAUUACAGUUACUGACCUUGAUGAUGAUGUAAAUGUGAUAGCAGUAGGAAAUCCAUCAACUGAAUGCUGCUGGUUCCCUGGGUAUAAUUGGACAAUAAUUUUAUGUCCGAAUUGUCAAAGCCAUUUGGGCUGGAGAUAUAAGGCUAAUAAUAUUUUGAAACUAACACCAAAAUAUUUUUAUGGAUUAUCUAUUAGUGCCAUAACAUUUAUUAAAGACUACUUACGUCCAGACAGAGAAAGACUCGAGGAAGUCAAUGAUGGAGAAAUGUUAGUGACAUUUUAAGAAAUCUUUUAAAUUUUCUUUUUAUAUCUUGUACAAAGUAUUUAACUGAACCACAAAUAUAUAUCAUGUUUGCUGCUUAA